AUGGAUUACAUGCCUGAUACCAGUACUGCUGCUGGCGCCGCAAAGGCUGCUGAUCGUAGCAAGCGUCGCUCAUUAACUGCUCUUCAAAAGCCUAAGCGUGUUCGUAUUGGUGAGAAGGAAUCUGAAGAGGCUAAGCAAACUUUGAACAAAUUACUGGCAGCCACUGACGAGGCUGAAAGAAAGGAAUUGGCUGAACAAUGUGCUGCCUUUGCCAACCACUAUGGUGUUCGCGCCCUCAAGGCCUGCCAUCUCUGGGCUGCUAUUUCUACUGAGCUCUUUGCAAAGAAGAUCCGUACUCCUCAAGCUCUGGGUGCUCUUGAAUUGACUCAAGCUUUGAUCACCUCCAAUGCUCUUUUGCGUGGUCAACUUGAGCCUCAUUUAGUAACCUUGUUGACACCUCUUUUGGAUCUCCAAGGCGGUAAGGACAAGAACAUUGCAGACAUCUCUGGCAAUCUUGCCCGCAAUUUGGUCAAGGCUUUCAACCCCAUCGCUACUCGCCACGUCGUGUCUUACUGUUUGGAGGGUCUUGAGAACUCUAAAAAAUGGCCUACCAAGAUGCUCUCUCUUGAGAUUAUUGAAAUUUUGGCUGCUGUCAACCCCAUGCAAAUCUUGGUCUGCUUGCCCAUCAUCAUUCCCGUUGUUUCUGAUUGUAUGUGGGAUACCAAGCCCGAUGUCAAGGCCGCUGCUACCAAAUGUAUGACUACAAUCACUGCUCUUUUGGACAACAAGGAUAUUGAGCGCUUUAUUCCUGCUGUUAUUGAGUGUAUCAACAAGCCUGAAAGCGUCCCAGAGACUAUUCAUCAAUUGGGUGCUACCACUUUUGUUCAAGAAGUCGAUGCUGGUACCCUUGCCUUGAUGGUCCCUCUUUUGAGUCGUGGUCUCAAGGAACGUCAAACUGCCAUCAAGCGUAAAUCUGCCUUGAUCAUUGAUAACAUGUCCAAGCUUGUCGAUGAUCCUGAAGUCGCUGCUCCCUUUUUGCCCAUCUUGUUGCCUGGUCUCGAGCAUGUCCACGAAACUGUUGCUGACCCCGAGUGUCGUGGUGUUGUCAAGAAGGCUAUCGAUACUCUGAAGCGUAUUGGCGGUGGCGCUGAUACUAGCACCAUCUUGAGUAAUGACGAGAAGCGUGAAAAGGUCUAUAGCACUUUGGACAAGCUCAUGCCCACCAAGCUCGAAGGUUUCUUUGCUCCUGUUCGCAAGUACAUGGCUAAGCUUGCUUUGGCUCUCGUUUUGGCUCGUGAUUUUGACCGUAAUGCUUGGGUUGCUUCCAUGUCUCCUCAUGCUGCUACUUGGCUUUUGGUCACUGGCCGUGAACACGAAGAUGGAAGCGAAGAACUCGACGCUUCUGCUGAAAAGCUUGCUUUGGCUGCUCUUUCUUCUUGUGAAGAAGCAAUUGCUCCCAAGAACACUGAAGAGGAUGAACUUGAGGAAGGUGAGGAACUCUGUAACUGCGAGUUCUCUCUUGCUUAUGGUGCCAAGAUUUUGUUGAACCGUACUCACUUGCGUUUGAUGCGUGGUCGUCGUUAUGGUCUCUGUGGUGCCAAUGGCUGUGGUAAGUCCACUUUGAUGCGCGCUAUUGCCAACGAGCAAGUCGAAGGUUUCCCUCCUCGUUCCGUCUUGAAGACUGUCUAUGUUGAACACGAUAUCGAUGGUUCUGAAGCUGAUACUGGUCUUGUUGAUUUCAUUGAUGCCUCUGAGGGUGUUGAAUGUCACGAUAAGGCUGAAAUUGCUCGUAUUCUCAAGAACUAUGGCUUCACUGACGAAAUGGUCAACCAUCAAGCUAUUGGCUCUCUCUCUGGUGGUUGGAAGAUGAAGCUUGCUCUUGCCCGUGCCAUGUUGAUGAACGCUGAUAUUCUCUUGUUGGAUGAACCUACCAAUCACUUGGAUGUGGUUAACGUUGCUUGGUUAGAAAACUACCUCUUGGGUCUCAAGACUGUCACUUCCAUUAUUGUCUCCCACGACUCUGGUUUCUUGGAUCACGUCUGUACUGACAUUAUCCAUUAUGAGGGUAAUUACAAGUUGAAGCGUUACAAGGGUAACUUGUCAGAGUUUGUCAAGAAGGUGCCUCGUGCUGCUGCUUACUACUCUUUGGGUGCUGCUCAAACCGUCUUCAGAUUCCCUGAACCUGGAUAUCUCGAAGGUAUCAAGACUAAGGAGCGUGCUAUCUUGAAGAUGAAGAAUGUUGAUUUCCAAUAUCCCGGCUCUUCCAAGAAGCAAUUGGUGAACAUUUCCAUGCAAUGUUCUCUUGCCUCUCGUGUUGCUGUCAUUGGUCCCAAUGGUGCUGGUAAGUCCACUUUGAUCAAGUUGCUGACUGGUGAACUUGAGUCUGAAAUCGGUACCGUCUGGAAGCAUCCCAACUUGCGUAUUGCUUAUGUCGCUCAACACGCUUUCCACCAUAUUGAAAAGCAUUUGGACUCUACUCCCAAUCAAUACAUUCAAUGGCGUUAUGCUACUGGUGAAGAUCGCGAAGAGCUUGACAAGAACGAUCGUAUGCACGGUGAAGCCAACAAGAAGGUCAUGCAACAAGUCUUUGUUAUUGAUGGUGAAAAGCGUACUGUUGAGGAACUCGUUGGCCGUAGAAAGCUCAAGCAAUCUUAUGAAUACGAAGUCUCUUGGGUUGGUCGUUCUUCUGUUGAUAACACUUGGAUCUCCCGUCAAAAGCUCGAAGAUAUGGGUUUCGGUAAGAAGAUUGCUGAAGUCGAUUCCGCUGAAGCUGCCAAGAUGGGUCUCAACCGUCCUUUAACUGCCAAGGAAAUUGAGAAGCAUUUGGAUGAAGUCGGUCUUGAGCCUGAGUUCGCCUCUCACUCUCACAUCCGUGGUCUCUCUGGUGGCCAAAAGGUCAAGCUUGUCAUUGGUGCUGCCAUGUGGAACAAGCCUCACAUGUUGGUUCUUGACGAACCUACCAAUUAUUUGGAUCGUGAAUCUCUUGGUGCUCUUGCCACUGCUAUUCGUGAAUACGGUGGUGGUGUUGUCAUUGUUACUCACAACCGUGAAUUCUCUGAGGCUCUUUGUAACGAAGUUUGGAAGGUGGAUGACGGUCAUUUGACUCCUUCAGGCCAUAACUGGGUUUCCGGCAAUGGUUCAACUGCAGUGAAGGAAGAGGAAGAAGGCGACCAAGUUGAUGCACAGGGUAACAUCAUCAAGGCCACUCAAAAGAAGAAGAAGUUGACUUCCAAGGAGCUCCGUAAGAAGAAAAAGGAUCGUAUGGAGCGUCGCAAGCGUGGUGAGGAAGUGUGGACCACCGAUGAAGAAUUGUAA